AUGACGUUGCAGACUUCUUUGCUUUUCUGGGCUAACCAAACAGAGCCGGGUUACACAUUAACCCUCCUCCCCGGCGGAGAUGAGGCUGCGCGGGUGCUGGGCGGGCGGGAGCUCUGCAGGUACAGCGAUCCCCGGCCCCUCACCUGCCGCCAGGAGCACCGGGGCGACAGAAAUUCAUCUCGCCCCCACGCAGGGCAUCUUUCCUGCUGCUCCGGGCUGGGCUCAGGGCGCCGCCGAGCCCCUAAAACUCCUCCAUGCUGUGACCCCAAAGCGCUGGGUCGUGGCGUGCCGAGCUCUCUGAGCCAGCACAGGCAGCACCCGGGAGGCUGCGGGCUGGUACCACCCAGCUCACUCACUUCCCUGCUCUGCCGGGUGUCCUCUGAUGUCCUCGGCACGGGUUUCGCCGGAGACUCCUUAAUCCGACAUCCUGUUCUGCCGCAUAGCUGCUCGCUGACACUCGGGGCACUCCGAGCUGCUGCCCUGACCAAAAAGCCUUUGUACACGGUGGUUUGUGCAGGAGGUCCCGCAGGCUCGGGGGUAGGAGCCGGUUCCUUCUCUCGGCUCUUAAAAACACAGACUGUGCCAGAACAGCGAAAGGCCGUGUUGCAACGCAACACACAGAACAGGGAAGUGGAAACAUCAGCUAUUAAAGAUGGAGAGAAAAGAAAGCAGAUGAGCCGGGAAGCUCCCACCGGCAGCGCUGAGCCCCGGCUUUGGGGCUGGUACAAAAGGGGGACGUGUGCCGAGGAGCAAAUCAAGAAGCCAGAGGCUGCUGACAAGCCCAGCCAGCCCCGGCCAUUCCUGCUCUCCCACGCCGGCCCGCAGCAGGUAAGGGAUGCGGACGCGGCACAUUCGGAGCUUGCGACAGCCGGGGAUGGGCGCUGGGGGCAGGAUGGUAGAACUGCUCUGGGGGUGUUAACUGGUGUCCUGCUGGAUGGCAACAAAAGAAAACAUCCAAGCAGUGAUAAGUGACACGUCUCCCUCAAACGGCACUGAUUCUCUCUGUCAGCAACUGAGAAAUACCAAAACAACAACAACAACAAAAAAGAUGUUUUUACACACUUUGAGAAAACCAUCCAAGGACACGAAGCUAAAAUCUAAGUGUUGCUCCCCGAAGUCAAUGCGUUUGCAAACACGGCAGACAAUAAAUAUGGAUCUUCCACUCCUGUUUCAAAGACACCCAAAGACACCUCGUGCACCUCUCUGAGGCUAAAAGCAGAGCGGGGUUUAACACUGGAAGCUAAAUGGUUUUCUACAGGAAACUUCCAACAGUGCUAAUGUGUAUUUUAAUACUGAAUUAAACCCAAACCUGGUCCAUAGUGCUCUUGGUGAUUCUAGUCUUUAUAUUUAAUUAUUCAUGCCUUAAUUCAGCAAAGCACUGUGUAAUUAUGUUUCUUCUUCAAUAAGACCUUCCUGUGUUUCAAGAUCCA